AUGCCGCGCCACGUGGAUCAGGACGUGCAUACGUCUUUCGUCGAGUUUCGCGCUGGUGGUGAGUAUUCCCGUCUCCCUGUCCCCCGGGUAGUAACCCGUUCCCGUAUUGACAAUGACCAGAAAUGCGUUUCCGUGCAGUGCCUUUUCUGCCAGCAGGUCAGAGCAAAGAACACGACCCGACAGAAGCAACACCUCCUCCAGUGCGCACCCUAUCUCCAAGCCCACCCUGAAGUCGCUCUGCAAGCUUCGGCCGCAUCCGUCGCAGCAGCAUCAGCUCCCGCUCCCGGGCCACAGGGACAUGCGCCCCCUCCCCCACCGCACCCGACCGCCCACGAUGCACCACAUCCACCACACGCAUCGCACCCGCCGCCCAUCCCCCCCAUCCCGCCCGUCGUUUCUUCCUACGGUCACGAUGACGUUGCGAACGAGCAUACGAACUUGAGCUUCAUGCCAAAUCCCCGCAUCAAUGGGUCGCCGAGCCACAGCCGCCCGUCGCUCGGAGUCGAGGGGACACCGGCAGCCAAAAAGCAAAAGACCAAGCAAUCCCCGGCUUCGAACUUGCCCGAGAUUCCCCUUCGCGAUGUCCACGCAGCCUUCGUCGAGUUCCGGGCCAAGGAGGACGACAAGUGCAUGUCAGCUCGAUGCAUCUAUUGCAACCAAGUCCGCGCCAAGAAUACAUCCAGGCAGAGGGAGCAUCUGAUGGCCUGCGCUGGCUACCAGUCCGUGCUCAAGGACAAGAUUCCGGCCAACAACCUCCGCCAUCAGUUCGAUGAGGACGACGUUGCGAGCUCGCUAGCACUGCCUGCCCCCGCUCUCGAUCUCGAUUUUCGAAUGAGCAUAAGGGUAAAGCCCAAGCUGAAUGUGGGCUCCGGGCCGGCUGGUCGCCAAAGCUGGAUAUCCUGUAUUGGUGGGCAGUGGGCCGGCAGUUGGGGAAAGGGUGUACUUCUGCCGAGUGGGCAAGACGUCCAGACAACCGUCAAGGACACCGCAACGCGCAUCGACGCGCGGUACCUGAUGCAGACCAACGACGAACACCCCGCGCUGAUCAUUUGCAAAAUCACGGGAUGGCUGACUGGCGAACGUGACGUCAUGGAGAGACUGCAAGACCCCGUCGCCGCGGACAACGUUGCCGCCCAUCGGUACCGGCUCCGCGUGACCAUGGAGCUCGAGACGGGCGACGAGCGCUACCAGGAGAUAAAUACGGGCACCUGGCUCGGCAGUGGUUGCCGGCGCGGUGCCGAGAUUGUGUACGAUGCUUACCGUAUCGGAUGA